UUGAUUUGGUACUCUGUAACUCUGACUAAGAAGUCUUCUCCCUCUUCUUCUUUUUCCCCCCCAAAACUCUUUGGAAAAUUCCCUACAAGAGCCGAAGUUUAAAAACAUUGCUUUAUAGAAAGCAACAGAAAGGCAGCAUGUCAGCUGAAACACCAAUCACACUGAAUGUUGAUCCUCAGGAUCUACAGGUCCAAACAUUCACUGUAGAGAAGCUACUGGAGCCUCUCAUAAUCCAGGUUACUACACUUGUAAAUUGUCCCCAGAAUCCUUCCAGUAGGAAAAAAGGAUGUUCCAAAAGAGCCAGAGUCCUUCUAGCUUCUGUGGAGGAAGCAACCUGGAACUUAUUAGACAAGGGAGAGAAGAUCGCCCAGGAAGCCACGGUUUUAAAGGAAGAGCUUACUCAUGCACUUGAGGAAGUUCGCAAAGAAAGUGAAGCUCUGAAAGUGUCAGCUGAGAGAUUUGCAGAUGACCCUUGUUAUCUCCCAAAAAGGGAGGCUGUGGUUCAAGCUGCGCGGGCCUUGUUGGCUGCAGUUACCAGACUCCUUAUCCUCGCGGACAUGAUUGAUGUCAUGUGUCUCUUACAGCACGUGUCAGCUUUUCAAAGAACAUUUGAGUCUCUUAAAAAUGUUUCCAAUAAAUCUGACCUUCAGAAAACCUACCAGAAGCUUGGGAAGGAGCUGGAAAAUCUGGAUUAUUUAGCCUUCAGACGUCAGCAGGACUUAAAAUCUCCAAAUCAGAGGGAUGAGAUUGCAGGUGCCCGGGCCUCACUGAAGGAGAACUCCCCGCUCUUGCAUUCAAUUUGUUCAGCUUGUUUGGAACAUUCUGAUGUUGCUUCCCUCAAAGCCAGCAAGGACACAGUUUGUAAAGAAAUUCACAAUGCCCUCAAUGUAAUUUCAAAUGCUUCACAAGGCAUCCAGAAUAUGGUUGCCCAACCGGAAUCUAAGGCAGCAACCCUGGGAAGUGCCCUUGAUGAGCUUGAGAAUUUAAUUAUCCUGGAUCCACUCACAGUGACUGAAGAAGAAAUAAGACCAUCACUAGAAAAACGUCUUGAAGCCAUUAUCAGUGGGGCUGCAUUGUUGGCUGACUCUUCCUGCACAAGAGAUUUCCAUCGGGAACGGAUUAUCGCGGAAUGCAACGCCAUUCGCCAGGCUCUCCAGGACCUGCUUUCAGAGUACAUGAACAAUACUGGAAAAAAGGAAAGGAGUAAUACCCUGAAUAUUGCAAUAGACAACAUGUGCAGGAAGACAAGAGACCUCCGCAGACAGCUCCGUAAGGCUAUUAUAGAUCAUGUGUCAGACUCCUUUUUGGAUACGACAGUCCCACUUUUGGUUCUCAUUGAAGCUGCCAAGAAUGGCCGGGAAAAGGAAAUAAAAGAAUAUGCUUCAAUAUUUCGUGAACACACCAGCAGGCUUAUAGAGGUGGCAAAUCUUGCUUGUUCCAUGUCGACAAAUGAAGACGGGAUUAAAAUUGUCAAAAUUGCAGCCAAUCACCUGGAAACCUUGUGUCCACAGAUCAUUAAUGCUGCAAUUGCUUUGGCUGCAAGACCCAGGAGUCAAGUGGUCAAAAACACCAUGGAAAUGUACAAGCACACCUGGGAGAGUCACAUCCACCUCCUCACCGAAGCUGUAGAUGACAUCACAAGUAUUGAUGACGUCCUCGCUGUAUCUGAGAGCCACAUCCUAGAAGAUGUCAACAAAUGUAUCAUAGCCUUGAGAGACCAGGAUGCUGAUAACUUAGACCGUGCUGCAGGUGCCAUCAGAGGACGGGCAGCAAGAGUUGCUCACAUUGUCACAGGUGAAAUGGACAGUUACGAGCCAGGAGCUUACACUGAAGGUGUGAUGAGAAAUGUUAACUUCCUCACAAGUACUGCAAUUCCUGAGUUUGUAACACAAGUGAAUGUUGCCUUGGAGGCCUUAAGCAACAACUCUUUGGAUGUAUUUGAUGAUGAUCAAUUUGUGGACAUCUCAAAGAAGAUCUAUGAUACAAUUCAUGAUAUCAGAUGUUCAGUCAUGAUGAUUCGGACCCCAGAGGAACUGGAGGAUGUUUCUGACUUGGAAGAGGAACAUGAGGUGUGCAGUCACACCAGCAUUCAGACUGAAGGGAAAACUGACAGGGCUAAGAUGACUCAGUUGCCUGAGGCAGAACAGGAAAAGAUUGCUGAACAAGUUGCCGAUUUCAAGAAAGUAAAGAGUAAACUGGAUGCUGAGAUUGAAAUAUGGGAUGAUACAAGCAAUGACAUCAUUGUUCUAGCCAAGAAGAUGUGUAUGAUUACGAUGGAGAUGACAGACUUCACAAGGGGCAAAGGACCACUAAAGCAUACAACUGAUGUGAUUUAUGCCGCUAAAAUGAUAUCAGAAUCAGGAUCAAGGAUGGAUGUCCUUGCUCGGCAGAUUGCCAACCAGUUGGACAGCGUCACCUCCCUGAUCCAAGCUGCCAAAAAUUUAAUGAAUGCUGUAGUGCAAACAGUGAAAAUGUCUUACAUUGCCUCAACCAAGAUCAUUCGAAUUCAGAGUCCUGCUGGGCCUCGGCACCCAGUUGUGAUGUGGAGAAUGAAGGCUCCUGCAAAAAAGCCUUUGAUUAAAAGAGAGAAGCCAGAAGAAACUUGUGCAGCUGUCCGGCGAGGCUCAGCAAAGAAAAACAUCCACCCAGUGCAAGUCAUGAGUGAAUUUAGAGGAAGACAUGUCUACUGAAACCACUCUUCUACUCUGGUGCCUGUAUUACAAAGUCCUGGUGAAACACACUGCUUUAUUUUUACACUCGA